AUGGUGUUUUUGGCGGUCCUCCGCCGACUGCCGCUCGGCGCGAACACGCCAGGCUGCGGCUUCACACGCCCGGCGAGCCUCGCGGGACUGCGCUGCGCCGAUUCCAGGCGUCUGAAGGAGGCGUACCGGCGCAGGGGGCGCUGUUCUGUGGCAGCAAUGGCUGCUUCAAAGUGGGUGGAAGAAGACAAGCGCAGGCUUCUGCAUGUGGUGUACCGCGUUGGAGACAUGGAUGCCACAAUCGACUACUACAAGAAAUGUUUUGGCAUGCAGCUCCUUCGGUACAGAGACAUAAAAGAAGAAAAGUACACGAAUGCCUUCUUGGGGUAUGGAAACGAACGGACCCAUUUUGUCACUGAGCUGACAUACAACUAUGGUGUUGACUCGUACGACCUGGGAGAGGGAUUUGGCCACUUUGGUAUCCAGCUGCCAGAUGUCUACAAGGCAGUGGGUGAUAUCAAGACUGCAGGAGGGAAGGUCUCAAGGGAUGCUGGACCGGUGAAGGGCGGCACGACUGUCAUCGCCUUUGUUGAGGACCCCACUGGCUACAAAUGGGAACUCAUCCAGAAACCCGAGAAACGAGACGAUCCCAUGUGCCAGGUCAUGCUCCGGGUGGGCGACCUGGAGAAGAGCAUAAAGUACUACAAAGAGGCCCUGGGAAUGCAGUUGCUGAGGACGAGGGAGAAUCCGGAGUACAAGUACACCCUUGCGUUCAUGGGUUACGGCCCAGAGGACAGCAGCCCAGUGAUGGAACUGACGUACAACUGGGGCAAGGAGAGCUACACGAAGGGCAAUGCCUACGGCCAAAUUGCAGUCAGCACGAAAGACGUGUACAAGACUGCUGAAGACAUCAAGGCGGCUGGGUGGGAGCUGACCAGAGAGGCGGGGCCUGUGCCGGGCAUCGGGACCAAGAUCUGUGCCACUGUGGACCCUGACGGCUGGAAGACCGUGUUUGUCGAUGAAGAAGACUUCUUGAAGGAGUUGGUGGAGGCAGAGAGCCAGGCAUGA